AUGCUGCCAUUCACAUCGUCGUCAGGGUCAAAGGCGGUCCCUCGACAUCAUGUGAGCGGAUAUUCCAAUGGGUAUCCGCGGGGGAACACAUUUGAGAUCUCUCCCCACAGAUUUCAACCCAGAGGCACCACACCCGCGCUCCGGAGACGAAAGCGACUUCUCGUGCGGCUCGGAAUAGCCGUCGCCACCGUCACUCUCUUCGGCCUCUUUGUCUGGCCCCGCAGCUCCAUCUUCUCCCUCUUCUCCUUCAGCCUCUUAUCCACCGGAGACGACUUCCAAUUGGAAACAGUGCGGUACUACGACCUGUCUAAUGUCCAGGGCACCGCAAGAGGGUGGGAACGCGAGGAGAGGAUACUGCUUUGUGUGCCGCUGCGCGACGCCGAACCGCACCUGCCCAUGUUCUUCUCGCACCUGCGCAAUUUUACCUACCCGCACCACCUGAUCGACCUUGCAUUCCUCGUUUCCGACUCCAAGGACAGAACAUUAGAGGUCCUGACGAACAACCUCGAAGCGAUCCAGGCCGAUGAAGACGACACAAAGCCCUACGGCGAGAUUUCCAUUAUCGAGAAGGACUUCGGGCAAAAGGUUAACCAGGAUGUCGAGAGUCGCCACGGCUUCGAAGCCCAGGCGAGCAGGAGAAAGCUCAUGGCACAGGCAAGGAACUGGCUCCUGAGCGCGGCGCUACGGCCCUCUCAUUCGUGGGUCUACUGGAGGGAUGUCGAUGUCGAGACGGCUCCGUUCACCAUCCUCGAAGACCUGAUGCGCCACAACAAGGACGUGAUUGUACCAAACGUGUGGCGCCCACUACCUGACUGGCUCGGUGGAGAGCAGCCAUAUGAUCUCAACUCUUGGCAAGAAUCAGAAACCGCCCUAGCACUUGCAGAUACGCUAGACGAAGACGCCGUCAUCGUGGAGGGCUAUGCCGAGUAUGCGACCUGGCGGCCCCAUCUCGCAUACCUCCGGGACCCCUACGGCGAUCCCGACAUGGAGAUGGAGAUCGACGGCGUCGGGGGUGUUAGCAUUUUGGCAAAGGCCAAAGUGUUUCGACAUGGUGUCCAUUUCCCCGCCUUCAGCUUUGAAAAGCAUGCCGAAACUGAAGGGUUCGGAAAGAUGGCUAGGAGGAUGCAGUUCUCGGUCGUUGGUUUGCCUCACUAUACAAUUUGGCACAUGUACGAGCCAAGUGUGGAUGAUAUCAAGCACAUGGAGGCGAUGGAGCAAGAGAGACUCGCUCGAGAGCAGGAAGAGAGAGAUAAAGCCGAAAAGGCAAAGAAGUUGAAGGAGUCAUUCGGCGACGCCACAAGCCAGUGGGAGAAGGACAAGAGCGAGAUGCACAACAUUGUGUCUCAAGACAAAAAGACGGGUUCCGGAGACGUGGCGCCCAAAGAAAAGGCGAAUGCUGAGCCCGCCCAACCGGCCCCGGGCAAAGCUGCUGCUGAUCAGGCAGCUGUCGAAAAGCCCAUUGCCAACAAGCCUUCUGCCGAAAACCCGGCGGCUAAGAAACUAGCUGAAAAGGAGAAGGUCGAGGCGUCAGCAAAGUUUGUUCAAAAGGAGACGAAGAAGGAAGACAGGAAGAUAUGA